CGGGUGCAGACUGCAGGCAAACCAAGGCAGACUGUGUCACUGUGCAAUCAAACUAGAAUUUAUAUUUCUAUUGAUUUCUAUAAUUCUAUUCAGCUUUGUUGUAUCAAAAUAAAAAGAUAUUCAAUUCAUUAUUAUUUUUAGAUGGGAAAAAGAAGGAAUUGGAACUCGACUGCAAAUCCCAGUAAAGUAAAGUUUGAAAUUAAAGAUGAAUUGCCUGAUAAUGAAGUUUAUGUGGCUCGUGGUCGGUUGAAACAUGCAUUAAAAGAACUUUCUCGUAACAGUGAUGAUCCCUCAUCUAGUGAAUCUAGUGAAGAAAAUACAACCCAAGAAGUGAAGCCCAUUGCCAAAAAAGCACAAAAACCAGCUUACUCUCAGCCAAAAAAAGUUCGACGUCGUCGUCCUGUUCAAAAUGAUCAGUUAUUUCAUCAUACAUAUGUCAUGAAACUUUUUGACAGAAGUGUUGAUCUUGCUCAAUUUCGCGAGGUCACACCUCUCUAUCCAAUUUGUCGAGCAUGGAUUGCAAAUCAGCCAAGAAAUCCAAAUCUUGUACCAAAACAUCGCAGUCCAAGUCCUGAAAUUGUUAACGAAGUGAAUCCUGAAAAUUUGAUAAUUGAUAGUACUGGUGAACUCAGAGAUGUUUAUAAUCUUCCAGCUCCAUUGCCGCGCAAAGAAAUCAUUCCGAGAAACAGAAUUCCUUCACCUAUUCCUGGACCUCAAGAAGAACUCGAUCUCGACUAUGAAGGUAAACAAUUGAAAUCUCGCGAAACAUUAAUGAAGGAGCACUGUGCUCACUGGAGUGCCGUUCGAAAAAAGUGGUAUCAUCAGGCUCACAAAAAUGAAGAAAGAUUUUUACAAAGUGCACAGAUACUCAGCACUAUUUUCAAAAGAGCUGUGUCAGAAUUUGAGUAAACACAUGGAUCAAUUUAAUACCAAAAUGAAAUAUAAAAAAUAAGCAAUGACUUACUCAAUUCUUUUGUUUUUUUAAAUCUGUA